AGCCUUUAUAUUUAGUUCCCCUCGCACACUUUGAAACUCAUAUCUCUUCAACAGCAAUGUAAUCAUUUACCAUACACUUCUACUCAUGGAGAAUCCAGGAAUUCUUAUCUUGACCCUCGUCAUCUCCACCCUCCUCCAUGGGGCACAAUCAUCUACAUUUACGUUCAAGAACAACUGCCCAGUCACAGUCUGGCCAGCGACCCUAACCGGUUCAGGCGCUUCCUUGUCCUCAACCGGAUUUGAGUUACCCACAGGCGCAUCGAACUCGCUAAACGUCAUAGCUCCAUGGUCCGGCCGAAUGUGGGCUCGAUCCGGAUGCACCAACUCCGAUGGAAAAUUCCAGUGUGCCACCGGUGACUGUGCCUCCGGUCAGGUCACGUGCAACGGCGCAGGCCCAAUCCCGCCGGAAUCCCUUGUGGAAUUCUCCAUUGCGGCUAACGGCGGACAAGACUUUUACGAUGUUAGCCUCGUGGACGGGUUUAAUGUACCCUUGUCCAUAACACCACAAGGCGGAGAUCCGGGUUGUAACAGCACCAGUUGCCCGAUGGAUAUUAAUAAAGUUUGUCCGCCAGAGUUGCAAGUUGUGGUGGGAACGGUUAUGGGGUGCAAGAGCGCGUGCGUGGCAUUUAAUCAGCCUCAGUAUUGUUGCACUGGUGCAUAUGGGUCGCCGGAAACGUGCCCGCCGACCAAGUAUUCACAGUUUUUCAAGAGCCAAUGCCCUCAGGCAUAUAGCUAUGCGUUUGAUGAUAAGACCAGUACAUUUACAUGCACUGGUGGGGCUAAUUUCCUUAUCACAUUCUGCCCUUGAAGCCGUGACCAUUUCUUAGGAGACAGAAUAAUCAACGGAAACAUAUUGUAUCCGUUUUGUGUUUUUUAUACUAUAUAUACAAUAACAUUAUUAGCCUAGUUUUUUUUUUUUUUCCUCUUGGGUUUGAGAUUUCGUAUAAUAUGUUACGUCUCAUCUAUUUUGUCAUCAACCAGCUGAUGGAAAAGGUUCUGAAUACUGGUAACUUGAAGAAAACUCUACAUAAACGGUUUUAACGCAUCAGCAGCAGUGUAAUUAACUAAUUAUAAUUUG